CUUCAAGUGAUGUCAUCCUACUCCAGCCAGGCGAGGGGGAGCCUCGCUGCAUCAGUACCCUGGACAGCGCCGGCCACCGCUGCUGCCGCUCGCCUCGGCAAGGCGCCGGCGGGAAAGUAACCUGCACCUCAUCUCCACACCCCUCCUGAAAGCCGGGCAUGAAGCAAGCUUUUUCCAGCGGGGCAGGGGCGUCUAAUGCAGUGACGUCUAACCAAAAUCCAGCAGUUGAGCCGGUAUAUUGUUGGGGACUUCGAUGCAUUUUGUUUUAAAGUGCUGCGAUACGUGUUUCUGGCUUUUUUUUCAGGCUAGAUUUAUAGAACGGGGCACUACCUAUGGAUGAACUGUCAGCACACUCUCCCGAUCACAUUGCACGAAGUAGAGGCUGUCCAGUCCUCACCGUGUAUUUUUGGACAGUGGAUAGAUUUCCGAUUCUUGCCUGAAAAAAAAUUGUUGCGCCUGUUUGAUCUUGGAUGCAACCGUAACCGUGGGCCAGUGAGAGCGACCCAGGGCCAGUAAUUGAUCGAAGGAUUAUUGGAUCUGAAUGAUCUCUGCAACGAGCGAUGGCAAAUGAACCAGUCAUUCUCAAUGUUUACGAUAUGUAUUGGAUUAAUGAGUACACAUCCACACUUGGAAUAGGAGUUUUUCAUUCUGGUAUUGAGGUGUAUGGACGAGAGUACGCCUAUGGUGGCCACCCCUACUCUUUCAGUGGAAUAUUCGAGAUCACACCUGGAAAUGCUGCUGAGUUGGGGGAAACAUUUAAAUUCAAAGAGGCCAUCGCUCUCGGCACCACAGACUUCACCGAGGAAGAUGUCGACAAAAUUAUCGAGGAGCUUGGGAAGGAGUUCAAGGGCAAUGCCUACCAUCUCAUGCACAAGAACUGCAACCACUUCUCUGCAGGUCUGGCAGAGAUCCUUUGCGGCAAGGAGAUCCCUCGCUGGGUGAAUCGACUGGCUUACUUCAGUUCCUGUAUACCCUUCCUACAGAGUUGCCUCCCCAAGGAAUGGCUGACGCCUGCCGCCCUCCAGAGCCACAUCAGCAGCCAGGGACUGAACAAGGAUGAUCAGAGCGACACAGGGGACGAUGAGCCUCCGUCCACCUCGGCCUCAGCCACCACGUCAGGAGCUGCCAGGACCUGCAGGCACACCAGGGUCUAACCAUGCCUCUGGACCCUUCUCUGACCCUUUUCCAGUUUUUCAUAUCUGUUUUUUGUAGACUUUCUGUGACAACCUCGACAGCCUCAGGCUGAUACCAAGUCUAAUCCCAGUGAGAGGCUAAUUGUGCGAUGGUCUGGACUGAUAACUGGGUGACCUCCAAGAGCGUAACAUCAGGGGAACCUGCUCUGACAGGAAGAUGGUGUUGGAGCCUACUUCCCAGACUGUAUUCCAGAUCAUUUUUAAAACACCUCUUGCGCACAUUUCACCUCGACAACCAACCUCUUACGUGUAUUCUAAACGGCAGGACCAAAAAAAAAUAUUUAGUGUUGAUUGCACCGUCUGCUGGGAGAAAACAUCGGGGCGAUGUUAACAAUGAUAGCAAAGAGGAAUUAUAUUUAUUAAAACAUUCUGACUUGGAAA